AGUUCCCGCAGAGGCCCUGGGCUGGGCAGGAGAGCCUGGUUGCUCCAGGGGCAUGUGAGUCCUCCCCGUACAAGGUUACUUGAGUAAUGCUGGUUGUGAUUUUGAUUUAUUUAAACUUAUUCCAAAGUAAGUUAGAAGCUGGACCUUAUUUUUUCUCUUUUAACCUGCUCACAUAGCAUAGAAAGGAAUGAGAAAGAGUAAUAGGUGGCUGCUUCUGGGACAGGUUGAGUAGCCCAGCAUUGUAGCAGCUGCCAUUCUGCUUACAAGGCCCCCUCUCGACAGGGGUCUGCUGUUACCAGGAGUGAUGAGAGUGGGAAGGAGGUAAGAGCUGACAUGCACUGGACAGCAGGUGGGCAGGGGAGGAGUAGCACCAUCCUGAGAGACCGGGGAUCUUCAGGACUGCCUGACCUGCCUCCCCUUGAGUCCCUGGAAGCAGCUGGUGGGGGUGGGGUGGCAGGCAUUUGGGAGAUGGGAAACACUGAGCAUGGCAGGCUAGAAAGGAUCAAACACUUCUUGACUGGCAGAGCUCAGUUUACCAAGUUCUGACACGUCUGUGACAUUUAAUCCUCACAAAGACCCAGUGAAGUCAGUGCUGGUUUUGGUGGGGAUUCUACCAUUACUUGCCUAGGUUCCCAUCAUUAGUAAAUAGAGCCAAGACUAGAGGCCUAGCUGGACUUUUUCUGCUUAUCCAGCCUGAUCUUGGGAGUAGAAGUGCAUUCAAAGAACAACCUGGUGCCCUGGGGAGAAGGCCUGGACUCAGCUCAGAGGUGUCCAGAUUCAGUGUGUUCCUGUGCACAUUCUGUUUAAUGCAUCCACAGCUCAUCUAGGGCCUGGGGUUUCCUGGUGCACCCAGUUCAGUUUUUUUCUGGGAGGAAAAAAAAAGCCUUGCUCUGUAGCACUUGCUGAUUUCUAGGGUAUAAAUACUCCCACCUGGCCUAUUUCAGGGUAACAACCUGAUGUUGCUGAAUGAGAAGUUGGAAAGAUGUGCACAAUUGGCUCUCACAAGCCAUGUGUGCCAGUACACCACUGGUCCAGACCCAGUGACCUUGGCUUAGUCUGAACUAGGGACAUGGCCCUUAGUCAGUAUCCAUUAAGGUGAGGGAGGCAGCAGAGCAUGGAGGUCGAGAGGAUGGGCCAGAGUCAGACCUGAGGUCAGAUGCCGGCCCCACCACUCUGUGACCUCGGGCUCAUUACCAAACCUCUUGGCUUCGAUUUCCUCAACAGUAAAAUGAAGGAGUAGUAAAUAGUGCCUACUUCAUAGAGUUAUUGUGAGGAUGAAGAGUGGAUGACAUGCAGGGUCUGGACAGGAAUGCCUGAUAAACGCCAGCUCUGUAUGGUUGCUGAUGGUAAACCAACCUUAGCUGCAGCACUGGCUCUAGAACAGUACUUGAACUCUCCUCAGUUAGAACCUCCUGCCCAAGUCACAGACAGAUGCCAGGCAGGGAGUGGAGCCCCUGUGACUAUUCCCUGGCCUCUCAGGCGUGGAUUCAGACCCUCUGUCUCCUGGCUGGGAUACACCACCCUGACAGCUUAGGUCCAGCCAGAUCCUCAGGCCUUUUCUCCAAGGGGAGCAGAGAUCAGAGUGUACUUAGCCCUCUCCUGCCUCCUCCUGGCUCUAGAAAGACAGAGGGAGUGCUGAGUCCACCACUUACUAGCUAAGGCCCAUUAACUUCCCAGAUCCCUGCCUCUGCCCAAAGAAGAAAGGAGGCAAGAAGUGCCCCAGUGUACACUGUUGCCAGGAACUGCAAACUGGAUGGAGGGGAAGCCUUAACUGAGCAAGGAGCACUGGGCAUCUGGACACUGACCUGGCUGCAGGGCCAUGGGACACCCCAUUGGAAUCCAGUUCUUGAGUACCCCGGGCUUCUCCCUUUAGCCCCCAGUACCUCUGUGCUCUUACUUGGGGAUUACUCAAGCUCUUCAGGUCGAAGCUAGGCUGCCUCAGUUUGUGUCUUGCUCUGCUGUUCCAGCCCAGAGACCCAAGGUGUGUGGGGAGAUGGGGAAGAGAAGGGUCAGGAUGUGACCCAAACUCCUGAGGCCUUGGAAGAGGGAGACCCGCUAGAUGGUUUCACUGGGUGUGCCUGGGAGCAGGAAAGAGUUCUGAGUCAGUUCUGAUUCAGGGCCAGCAGGAGGAGUUCUAUCUAGAAGUCAAAGACUCAAUACUCCAUGCUUCGCACAGGUUUGGGCAUGGAGCCUGUUUCAUAACCAUGGGACCAAAGGGAGAAGUAGGCAGACUGAAAGGAGAUAGGCCCAGAAACAGAAUAAUGAACGAGAAAUGAGAGCUUUGCUCUCCAAAACCUGGGCCAUUACAACUGGGCUGAUGCCUGAAGAACUUUCAUGGUUGAAAGGAAAAGGUUGAGAUCUAAUCCUUAGGUGACCAACUUCACCCCCUGAAUGGCAGCACGAGACCCUGUUACUUCAACUCCAAUUUAAAGAAAGAGUACUUUUCUAUUUAAACUUUUGAAAAACCAUGGAGUCAUGGAACGUUCAAGCUGAACGUCCUCAGCACCCAGAUACUGCAGUGCUCACAGCUGCUGCACCAGGGGGCACUGGAGGCAGAGAUUCCUAAAGACAGAGUCUCAAGAAAACCUGAGCUUGCCUGGAAGUGGCUGCGGCUUCAGCCCCCUUCUCUGGUGCCCGUCUAGCCACUUUGAACCCAUUCAUGGAGAGGAUCCUCCCACUGGCACCUGGGGGGCUCUCAGGCCACCCUCGCCUGGCAAACAGGAGGGUGCCAGGCUCCAGGCCCGCCAGCUCUGCCAGCUGGGCUGGGGCUCAGGCUUUGCAGGGUUCCUUAAUCAGACCCAGAGCUAAAGCAGAGGACCCCCCCCGCAACACACACACACAACCCUCCAGCCCUGGCUGCAGCCUGCUCACACAGGUAGAUUCCCUGGCAUCUCCUGGUCUGUCCUCAGUGUGAAAGGAAGGAGAGCCUGUGCCAAGGGGGUGGUAAACUCAAAUGCCUCCAGGCAGUGUAAGUGGCACUAGUGGAGAGGUGGCGCAUGCAGAGCCUACUACCAAAGGAGAUCAAAUUUGGAACCGUGCCUCAACUCGAAGUGGCAAAAUUAUCACCAGUUUCCAGAUGAGAAACCGGCCCAGAGGGGCUCGACGAUUUCUGUUAAACUCUGAAGCCUGGGCAUGCCACUAGGUCAUCCCCGGCCAGAGCCGGUUGCCCAGAGAUGCGCGCCUUGAUGGACGGGAGGGGGCGGAGGCCGCGGUCGCUUUAAAGCGCUCCAGCCGGACUGCGCGGGGCGGGGCGCUCAGAGCCUAGGGCCCCGGGAGUAGGGCUCAGCGACUGAGCGGGGUCCCCGGAGGCACCAGCUGGGCCGGCACGGCGGGGGCGGAUCCACCUAGCACGGGGAAGGAGCGGUUGCUGGACCUCACCAGGCCAAGGCACAGGAGGCUAUAGAGGGUUCGGAGUGGCCCGUGUUGCUGUGGAGAUGGCGCAGCACGUGCGGUGACCGUGCCCGCGCCCCGAGGGUCUCAGCCUUGCGCUCGUGUCCCCUGGCGAGCAUGGAGCGCCCGGAGCCCGAGCUGAUCCGGCAGAGCUGGCGGGCAGUGAGCCGCAGCCCGCUGGAGCAUGGCACCGUCCUGUUCGCCAGGCUGUUUGACCUGGAGCCUGACCUGCUGCCCCUUUUCCAGUACAACUGUCGCCAGUUCUCCAGCCCAGAGGACUGCCUCUCCUCCCCUGAGUUCCUGGACCACAUCAGGAAGGUGAUGCUCGUCAUUGAUGCUGCAGUGACCAAUGUGGAGGACCUGUCCUCACUGGAGGAGUACCUUGCUGGCCUGGGCAGGAAGCACCGUGCAGUGGGCGUGAAGCUCAGCUCUUUCUCGGCCCUCCACAUCUGCCGAGUGCCCCCAUAA